AUGUCACAGCCGCGUGGCGGACGCGGCGCAGGACGCGGCGCUGGUGGCGCUGGCGUUGGGCGCAAGACGCCCUCAUCGCUAACUGGACCGCCCGACGAUUCGGCCACGCCCAGCGAGCGCGCAACGCCUGCCAGCAAAGCGGAGUCGGAUCCCAAGGACGACAGCUCCAGCAAUGGCGACAAAAAGGAUGCCGACGGCUUUCCAGCGCCCAAGCCGCCCAGCGCGGGCGCCUCCAUACGCGACACGGCCAACAAGGUGCUCGCCAUGGCAAUGAAAAGCGAAUGGACGCCCAGCGAGGCGGAGCUCAAGAAGCUGGAGAAGUAUGUGGCCAAUGUGGGCGAGGAUGGCAAUCAUAUUCCGCUGGCCGGCGUACAUGAUAUGAAUACCGGCAUGACACCGCUGAUGUAUGCAACGAAGGACAAUAGAACGGCCAUAAUGGAUCGCAUGAUAGAGCUGGGUGCCGAUGUUGGUGCACGUAACAAUGAUAAUUACAAUGUGCUGCAUAUUGCUGCAAUGUAUUCGCGUGAGGAUGUCGUCAAAUUGUUGCUGACUAAACGUGGCGUCGAUCCCUUCUCCACCGGCGGUUCACGUUCGCAGACCGCAGUACACUUGGUGUCCAGUCGUCAAACGGGGACAGCAACAAAUAUCCUUAGAGCGCUGCUAGCUGCUGCUGGCAAGGACAUACGCUUGAAGGCAGACGGUCGUGGCAAAAUCCCAUUGCUGCUGGCCGUGGAGUCGGGUAACCAGUCCAUGUGCAGAGAGCUAUUGGCAGCACAAACGGCGGACCAACUAAAGGCAACGACGGCCAAUGGAGACACGGCCUUGCAUUUGGCCGCCAGACGGCGAGACGUGGACAUGGUGCGCAUUUUGGUUGAUUACGGCACCAAUGUGGACACCCAAAACGGCGAGGGCCAAACACCGCUGCACAUAGCCGCCGCCGAAGGCGACGAGGCGCUACUCAAGUAUUUCUAUGGCGUUCGAGCGUCUGCCUCCAUUGCGGAUAAUCAAGAUCGCACACCCAUGCACUUGGCUGCGGAGAAUGGACACGCACAUGUCAUCGAAAUUCUGGCGGACAAAUUCAAGGCGAGCAUCUUUGAGCGCACCAAGGAUGGCAGCACACUGAUGCACAUUGCAUCACUCAAUGGCCAUGCUGAGUGCGCCACUAUGCUCUUCAAGAAGGGUGUCUAUCUGCAUAUGCCCAACAAGGAUGGAGCACGCAGCAUUCACACAGCUGCUGCCUAUGGGCAUACGGGCAUUAUCAAUACACUGCUACAAAAGGGCGAGAAGGUUGAUGUUACCACCAAUGACAACUACACAGCUCUGCAUAUAGCUGUGGAGUCAGCCAAGCCAGCUGUAGUCGAGACGCUGCUGGGCUUUGGCGCCGAUGUGCAUGUGCGUGGUGGCAAGUUACGCGAGACGCCGCUGCAUAUUGCAGCACGUGUCAAGGACGGCGAUCGUUGCGCUUUGAUGCUGCUUAAGUCGGGAGCAAGUCCGAAUCUAACUACAGACGAUUGCUUGACGCCAGUGCAUGUGGCAGCAAGUCAUGGCAAUUUGGCCACCAUGAUGCAGCUGCUUGAAGAUGGCGGCGAUCCGCUUUACAAAUCAAAUACUGGCGAAACACCUUUGCACAUGGCCUGUCGCUGUUGUCAUCCGGAGAUUGUGCGUCAUUUGAUUGAAACGGUUAAGGAGAAGCACGGACCGGAUAAAGUUACGACUUACAUCAAUUCUGUAAACGAUGAGGGCGCCACAGCGCUGCACUACACUUGCCAAAUAACCAAGGAGGAGGUGAAAAUACCCGAAUCGGAUAAGCAAAUUGUGCGCAUGCUGCUCGAGCAUGGAGCGGAUGUCACUUUGCAAACGAAAACUGCGCUGGAGACCGCAUUUCACUUUUGCGCCAUGGCCGGCAACAAUGAUGUGCUGAUGGAGAUGAUUUCGCACAUGAAUCCCACGGAUAUACAAAAGGCUAUGAAUCGCCAGAGUUCGGUGGGCUGGACGCCGUUGUUGAUUGCCUGCCAUCGUGGGCAUAUGGAGCUGGUCAAUAAUCUUUUAGCGAAUCAUGCCAGAGUCGAUGUCUUCGAUACGGAAGGACGUUCGGCAUUGCAUUUGGCGGCGGAGCGAGGAUAUUUGCAUGUGUGCGAUGCGCUGCUAACCAACAAAGCUUUUAUCAAUUCCAAGUCGCGCGUGGGACGCACUGCACUGCAUUUGGCUGCCAUGAAUGGAUUUACGCAUUUGGUCAAGUUCCUGAUCAAAGAUCACAAUGCAGUCAUCGAUAUUCUGACGCUGCGCAAACAGACGCCGCUGCAUUUGGCUGCGGCCAGUGGACAGAUGGAGGUUUGCCAGCUGCUGCUGGAGCUGGGCGCGAACAUUGAUGCAACCGAUGAUUUGGGACAGAAGCCCAUACACGUUGCCGCCCAGAACAAUUACUCGGAAGUGGCCAAACUAUUUCUGCAGCAGCAUCCGUCGCUGGUGAAUGCAACCAGCAAGGAUGGCAACACCUGCGCUCAUAUUGCCGCCAUGCAGGGCUCCGUGAAGGUGAUUGAGGAGCUUAUGAAAUUCGAUCGCUCUGGCGUGAUCUCGGCUAGAAACAAGUUGACCGAUGCCACGCCGCUGCAAUUGGCCGCCGAGGGCGGGCAUGCGGAUGUGGUAAAGGCUCUAGUGCGUGCCGGCGCCAGCUGCACGGAUGAGAACAAGGCGGGAUUUACGGCUGUGCAUUUGGCUGCCCAGAAUGGACAUGGACAGGUGCUGGAUGUGCUCAAGAGCACUAAUUCCCUGCGCAUCAAUAGCAAGAAGCUGGGACUCACUCCGCUACAUGUGGCCGCCUACUAUGGCCAGGCGGAUACGGUUCGUGAGCUGCUGACCAGCGUGCCGGCAACGGUGAAAUCGGAAACACCCACGGGUCAGACUCUAUUCGGUGAAUUGGGCACAGAGUCGGGCAUGACGCCACUGCAUUUGGCAGCCUUUUCGGGCAAUGAGAAUGUGGUGCGACUGCUGCUCAACUCGGCGGGCGUUCAAGUCGAUGCAGCUACUGUGGAGAACGGCUACAAUCCGCUCCAUUUGGCUUGCUUCGGUGGACACAUGUCAGUGGUUGGUUUGCUUCUGAGUCGAUCGGCGGAACUCCUUCAAUCAACAGAUCGCAAUGGUCGCACCGGUCUGCAUAUUGCGGCCAUGCAUGGCCAUUUCCAGAUGGUGGAGAUUCUGCUCGGUCAGGGCGCGGAGAUAAAUGCAACCGAUCGCAACGGUUGGACGCCACUGCAUUGUGCUGCCAAAGCCGGCCACUUGGAUGUGGUCAAGCUGCUCUGCGAAGCGGGCGCAUCGCCCAAAUCGGAGACAAACUACGGCUGUGCGGCCAUUUGGUUUGCCGCCUCCGAGGGACACAAUGAGGUGCUGCGCUAUCUGAUGAACAAGGAGCACGAUACGUACGGACUCAUGGAGGAUAAGCGAUUCGUUUACAAUCUAAUGGUCGUAUCGAAGAAUCACAAUAACAAGCCCAUACAGGAGUUUGUGCUUGUGUCGCCAGCGCCAGUGGAUACAGCUGCCAAAUUAUCCAAUAUAUACAUAAAUCUCUCCACGAAGGAGAAAGAACGCGCCAAGGAUUUAGUUGCUGCUGGCAAACACUGCGAGGCAAUGGCUACCGAGCUUUUAGCCUUGGCAGCUGGCUCCGAUUCGGCUGGCAAGAUACUGCAAGCCACCGAUAAGCGCAAUAUGGAGUUUCUCGACGUCCUAAUCGAAAACGAGCAGAAGGAAGUCAUUGCGCAUACGGUGGUUCAACGAUACUUGCAAGAAUUGUGGCACGGCUCCUUAACCUGGGCUUCGUGGAAAAUAAUGUUGCUGCUUGUUGCAUUUAUCGUCUGUCCACCCGUAUGGAUUGGCUUCACAUUUCCGAUGGGUCACAAGUUCAACAAGGUGCCCAUUAUCAAGUUUAUGUCCUACCUCACUUCGCAUAUUUACCUCAUGACGCAUCUGAGCAUUGUGGGCAUAACGCCCAUCUAUCCAGUGCUGCGUCUUAGCCUGGUCCCCUACUGGUACGAAAUAGGUUUGCUCAUUUGGUUGAGCGGCCUACUUUUGUUCGAGCUGACGAAUCCAUCGGACAAAUCUGGAUUGGGAUCGAUAAAAGUGCUCGUCUUGUUACUAGGCAUGGCCGGUGUGGGCGUGCAUGUGGUUGCCUUUCUGUUUGUAUCGAAGGAGUAUUGGCCCACGCUUGUGUAUUGCCGCAAUCAAUGCUUCGCCUUGGCCUUUCUGCUUGCCUGCGUGCAAAUCUUGGACUUCUUAUCAUUCCAUCAUCUGUUUGGACCUUGGGCAAUCAUUAUUGGUGACUUGCUCAAGGAUCUGGCUCGUUUCCUGGCUGUGUUGGCCAUCUUUGUGUUUGGCUUUUCCAUGCACAUAGUGGCAUUGAAUCAAUCGUUUGCCAACUUUACGCCGGAGGACUUGAGAAGUUUUGAGAAAAAGAAUCGCAAUCGCGGCUACUUUAGUGACGAUGAUAUGCCCACUCCGCGACCUCCGCCUCCGGAGAAUUAUGUCGAUAGUCGCUUCAGCGAAUUCCGACGCAAGCACAAAGAUGAUCGACCCAUGACACCAUUUCUGGCCUUUGAGCGUCUGUUCUUCGCUGUUUUUGGACAAACAACCACGUUGGACAUCAAUCCCAUGCGACAUCUGCGUCCCGAGUGGACCGAGGUCCUCUUCAAAUUUGUCUUUGGCAUAUAUUUGUUAGUGUCUGUGGUUGUACUGAUUAACCUGCUAAUUGCCAUGAUGUCGGAUACUUAUCAACGCAUACAGGCCCAAUCUGACAUCGAAUGGAAAUUUGGCUUAUCCAAGCUUAUACGCAACAUGCAUCGCACUACAACAGCGCCAUCGCCGCUUAAUUUAGUUACCACCUGGUUUAUAUGGAUCGUCGAGAAGGUCAAGGCACGCAUGAAGAAAAAGAAGCGCCCAAGUCUGGUACAGAUGAUGGGCAUACGUCAGGCCAGUCCACGCACCAAAGCGGGCGCCAAAUGGUUAUCGAAGAUCAAGAAAGACUCUGUGGCCUUGUCCCAGGUGCAUUUAUCGCCGCUGGGCUCCCAGGCUAGCUUCUCGGCUGCCAAUCAGAAUCGCAUUGAGAACGUUGCCGACUGGGAGGCGAUUGCCAAGAAAUAUCGCGCGCUGAUGGGCGAUGAGGAGGCGCUUUCUUUGAAGGAUUCGGAUGCAGAGAGCGCUUCGGCGGAGGGUACAGCACAGGCUCCAGCACAGCGCAACAACAAAUACAAAAUGUUUUCCAAAUUGAAAAAGAAAUUGAUAAUGAAAUUGAACAUUUAGGUCCUCUUGGACUUUGCCUAUUGCCGAACUUCUUAGCAUUUUAACAUUUUAUAAUUAAGCUAAUAUUUGCAAUUAAGUAAAAUAUUCUAACAUUAUUUGAUACGCCUAAUUAAGUCUUUGAACGAAAUCUUCACGCAGACAAAAACCUAAAGAAAAUAACUAAAAUUUGUUAAGCUUUUGA